AUGGCGGAGAAAUGGCGAAAGUUCAAAGAAGAUAUGAAAAAAAAACGCUUGAGUGGGAAGAGCCAAAAAGGGAAAGAUGUUUCCAAACGUGAAAUAACUGUUCAAAUGUUAAGCGCGGACGUGUCGGGCAAGGCCCAAAAGUAUUCACGUAUCGGCCAAAGGGAAUUUGUCCAGUUAUAUGACGACGACGAUGAAGAUCUAGAUCGAUUUUAUACAAAAGAAGAGAUGACAAUUGAACGAGUGAAGGAUGCAUGCCUGAAACAUUUUGAACCGAAGGUUGGAAACAAUGUUGUAUGUGAUAUUCUUGCCGGUGAGCAAGGACCUUCCUGCGCAUCCUUGAAGCAAAUACCUAAUAUGAAUCUUAUAUACGUCAGAUUCAUAAACAAAAGCUCGACAGCAGAUGCGCCUGUAUUCGUUGAUGAUACUGACCCAGUUCAUCCGCAAAGCACAACUGUAAAGCGAAAGGGCCCUAACUCUGUUCCAAGUCCAAAAAAAGCUAAAAUCUCAACACCAAUGCCCAAGAGUCUCUCGGUAACCCAUAUGUUGAAACUAGGUAAACUUAUAAACAAGUCUACCACUACCAUCCACUUGUAUGGAUUUAAUUUGGCAGAUAUGAGCUGGUCGUCUUCACCAAGGGCAGUUGAAUUUAGUGUUUCAGAAGAUGUGCUCGGAGAAGGUGCAUUCCGAAAAGCUUAUAAAGCAGAAUCAAAAGAUGAGAGCUUUGCUGGUUCAUGGGUAGUCAAAGAAUAUAAUGAAAAUGCAUUGGAUGUCAUUGCUGAGUCCAAUCAAACUCUCGAAACCCAUACAAAGAAGGUUGUACAAAUGCACAGCUUAGCCCAGAACUUUGCAAGCCAACUGAAGACAAGUGUUGAGCAAAAUGGCAUGCAAGAAUCUUUUGGUGAUUGUUUUCAUUAUGGGAGUGUCUACUUAGGAAAAAAAGGUGACGAAUUUGUCACAGUUGAAGAGUUUGUAGAUGGAGAGUUUAGUAAGUAUAUAAACAAUGAUGGCACAUUGUGCAAGAAUGUCAACGAGGUUAUAUUACAGAAACAGAGUGUCUUUCUCAUUUUUCUUUUGAAAAAUCCAACAAUCAG